CCUCAGUAGUUUUACCAGCUAGGACAAGUGAAUCUGAAGAAAUUCUUCUCUAGGCUUGCAUUAUGGAAAAUAGCUCUCAAUCCAGCAGUCAGCAGGCUCUAUGGAAAGAUGUGGAGGUGGGGAAAGAGAAGACCGUGUACCGGAGCUACCAGCGAGGAGCCCUGAUUCUGGGGCUGGUUUUCCUGGUGUUGACCCUGGGCAUCUUCAGCCUUAGACACCUCUGGAGCCCAAGUCUGGGGAGGGUGUACAACCAACAUUAUCAGGCCGUGCUGGACGGCAUGGAAACAGACAGCAUCAUGGAGAUUGACCCCACCCACCGCAUUGAGAUCUUCAGGAUGGGCAAUGGUAGCAAUGAGGUCCUCGAGGUCCACGACUUCAAACAUGGAAUCACAGGUAUCCGGUUCGCCAAACAUCAGAGGUGUUACAUCAAGACCCAGACCAGGGAGAUUCCCAAAGUGACAGAGGUGGCGACCUUGAACACAGAGAUACCGGUGGGCAACACGGAGGGCAUGGACAUGCAGGUAGUGGGGGACUCUCAGGUGUGGGUGCCUGCUGAGGAGCCCAUCGCUAACCCAGCUUUCCUCUUCAACUCCAAGAUCUGGGAGAUAUGCCAGGAGCUACCCAUCUACUGGAUCCAUCCCUCCCCCAUGACAGAUGCUGAGUUCCACGAGGUGGAGGAUGAUGAGGACAUUCCUGAUGCUGAGGUCGGAGGUCACCGCGUCGCCCGUGACAUCCUGGACCAGGUUCCUGUCAACGACUAUAGAGACAUUGGAGUUGAGCUGGAUAGCCGUCUAGAUGACCGUGGCUACUGCUGCCAGCACUGUCGUCGUGGUUACCGCUAUUGCCAGCGCUACUAUGAGCCACUGGGGGGUUUUAACCCCUACCCGUACUACUACCAAGGAGGACGUGUCAUCUGUCAGAUCAUUAUGCCCUGCAACUGGUGGAUCGCCCGUAUGCUCGGGAGAAUAUGAUUGGAUGGUCAAACUGGAUUCACUAUGUUUCAGCUCACAUGAUAGGUGCAUUCACGUUAGGCUGGAUUUACACCACAUGAGGCGUAGCGUCCCAGCAACCACUUUGUGACUUCACCAUGUACAACACAGACUUUGGUGCUUGCCAGAAUUUGUAAUAACGAAUGCAACCCUUGCUACUCCCCAAUCCCUAUUCCAAAGCCUUUGUGAUAGCAAAACAUUUAUAGUACACAAUUGUAAUCCAUCCUGUCUCAAAAAUAAGCAAAUUGACUGGCAGUCUUGUCUUCAGUCUAAAUUGAGUUUUGGGAGCGUCUGGGCGAUAUCUCUAAGAUCUCCCGAGCUGUUACAUUGUGAAUGUUUACCUAGCCAUCAAAUUCUGGUUAUGUGGCCUUGUUGUGUCAGUGCACUGAAGUGCAAUUUUGCUUUCAACAUGUUUUCAAUCAAAGUGCUACGUUUGGCUGUUUCUCUCAUUGCUGCAUUUCUUUCUCAUUUAAUUUUCCUCUAUAUGUUUAUUAUAGGUGGCAUGUAACCGACAUUCUCUUGCUUGUGGAGCAGACCUGGGUUUAAAUAGUAUUCGAUUUUUAUCAAAUACUUUGAGCACUUGAUUGAGCCUUCCUGGAGUGACAGAGAGGGAAUGGUUUGCACUUUUCGGACUAUCCCAGUGGUGCGCCAUAUAAUCUCAGUCAAACUCAGUAUUUAACAAAAAAAUUAUAUUUUAACCCAGGUCUGCUUUGAAAUAUGAUAACCAAUAACGUAUAUAGAACUGUAGCCUGCUCACUCUGUCAACCCUUUCUAGACUUUAUCGGUUGAACAAAAAUAACAUAAGUCCUUUUUUUGUGAAUUAUGUAUUUUGACUAUUGUUACCACAGUUAGCAUGUUACCUUGAAAUAGUGUUUUUACUAUCAGAAUGAGUCUACUAAUUAUAAUAAAGCAACAUACAUGUA